AUGGUGUAUAAUGAAGAGGAUAGUAAAAAAUUAUUCGACAGGUAUAAAAAGGAAGGACAUUUUGACAAGUUGAAAAGAGACAUAUUAUCUAGUCCAUGGGACGACACGGGAGAAGGAAACGAAUCAUUUGAGCAGAUGCUUCGGGAAAGAGUCGCUAUUACAGUAAAAAAAAUGGUGAACGAAGAUGAGGAAUUAAUAUUUAAGAAUAGAGGGCUAACCAGUGCUUUAAUUGAGUCACAGUUGGUCAAAGACAGCUACUCAAAAUUGAAUGACAAAAAUGAUAAGAAUAAUGGCGAUGAUGCGAAAAAGUUUGAAUUAGACGCCUAUAUACGCUCCAAGUUACAAGAUCCUAAACUAUUAGAAAUGAUAAAGAGCCAACUCCAGGAAACAGUAAGCUCCAAUGAAGAGGAACCAAACGGACAAACGUAG